AUGGGAUGUUCUGCAUCGAAGCUGGAUGAUGAAGAGGCUGUCCAACUUUGCAAGGAUCGGAAGAGGUUCAUUAAACAAGCAGUUGAAUAUAGGAUAAAGUUUGCCUCUGGGCACAUUGCUUAUAUCAAAUCCAUGAAAAGAGUUUCUGCUGCACUUCGAGAAUAUAUUGAUGGAGACGAGCCUCGUGAAUUCUUGUUAGAUUCAUUCACGCCACCGCCCAUAAAGAAAACAAGCCAGGGUUUCAUCUCUAUACCACCAACAUCCUUCACUCUAAAACCAAUCAAAUCUGAACCUGAAUCGACUUAUAAAAUAAAUUACCUUAGGUCUGGUGGAAACCCUGCUGUGGCAGUUGAGGAAAGACCACCUCAGUCACCGGAAACUGUCCGAAUCGAGGCUUACUCCCCUGUGCAUCAAUUUGGAAUGGAUAGGAUUUUUGCAAUGCAGUCCUCUCCCAUGAACUCGUCUUCAUUCUUCCAUUACUCCCCAAACAACAGACCCAAUUUUCCUCCACCUUCACCUCAAACAUCUCAAUGGGAUUUCUUCUGGAAUCCCUUUUCUUCGUUAGAUUACUAUGGAUAUGCCACUGGAAGCAAUCUUGAUCAGACAUUUUUUGAUGAUGAUAAUGAUGAGUUAAGGCAAGUUCGAGAAGAAGAAGGCAUACCUGAAUUAGAAGAGGACUCCGAACAAGAAGAAAUCGAUGAUGGAGAAAAUAUGAAAGCCGAGAGAGAUCGUAAGGUUGAUCUGGAAUCUGACAGAGACGAAGUUAUCGUGGAAGAUGUUGAAGAGAGUGAUGAAUGUGAUGAGUGUGAUGAGUGUGACAGUGAUGAUGACACAGAUAGCGGAACUGAAACAAAGCAACAUAUCCAAGGAUUAGAGCCCCACAAACACCAACACAUGGAAGUAGCAAAAAAUCAAAAUAUAGUUCAAAACAACAGUAAAGAAGCCAUAGUAGCUGAUUGUGAAUCAAAGUCAGAAACACCGGGAUUUACUGCUUAUGUAAAUCGAAGGCCAACUAGCAUGGCAGAAGUUAUUAAGUAUCUUGAAGAUCAGUUCAUGAUGGUCUGUAAAUCAGCUAGUGAGGUUUCAUCCAUGUUGGAGGCGAGCAGGGCUCAGUACUUAUCGACAUAUAAUGAUCUCACAGCAGCAAAAAUGAUCAAUCCAAUGGCUUUGUUCCGGUCAGCUUCGUCCCGAUCAUCCUCAUCGAGAUUUUUAGUCAAAGCUUCAACUUCAAGAGAAGAAGGUUGCGAAAGCAACAGUGACUUGUCUGAAGAGUCCUGCAUGUAUUCAGGCAGUCACCAAUCAACCCUGGACAGGUUAUAUGCUUGGGAGAAAAAGCUUUACCAAGAAGUUAGGGCUGGUGAACGCAUUCGGAUAGCAUAUGAAAAGAAGUGUAAACAACUGAGAAGUCAAGACGUGAAAGGAGAAGACCCUUCCUCUGUAGAUAAAACAAGAACGGCCAUCAGAGAUUUACAAACUCAGAUGAAAGUUUCAAUUCACUCUGUUGAAGCUGUCUCAAAGAGGAUCGAAACUUUAAGGGAUGAAGAACUGGAGCCUCAGCUUUUAGAAUUGGUGCAAGGCUUGUCUAGGAUGUGGCAUGCAAUGGCAGAAGGUCAUCAAUUGCAAAAGCGUACUCUAGAUGAAGCUAAGAUCUUACUAGCUGGAAUGCCUUCAAAACUGUCAGGAAAGAAAUACACUGCAAUGUCACCUUCUUUGCCGCACCGACUAGCCCGUUCAGCAGCUAUCCUCGAGAUGGAGCUCAGGAAUUGGAGAGCCUGUUUCGAGUCAUGGAUUGUUUCUCAACGAUCCUACGUGCAUGCGUUGACAGGCUGGCUCUUGCGUUGUGUCCGUUCGGACGCAGACACAUCAAAAUUACCAUUCUCUCCUUGUCGAACCUCUGGUGCCCCACCAAUAUUCUCUAUUUGCAUCCAAUGGACUAGGUUUCUUGAUACCGUCCGUGAGGCCCCAGUUCUUGAAGGGCUCGAUUUUUUUGCAGCAGGUGUUGGUUCUCUGUACGCACAGCAGCUACGGGAAGAUUCUCGAAAGAAUUUGGGUGGAUCAAAGAGGUUUGGAGGCGAACCCAUUGGGGGCAUGGAGAUGGUUGAAGUUGGACAAUUUGAAGAUGAAGUAAUGACCGCAGAAAAAAUGUCUGAAGUAGCUAUUAGAGUGCUAUGUGCUGGAAUGUCAGUUGCAGUGAGUUCAUUGACACAGUUUUCGGUUAGUUCAGCGGAAGGAUAUGCUGAUUUGUUGCAGCAAUGGGAUAAUCCGAAGCAGCCACAGAAUUCCAAUGGGACGGGAAAGUUAAGUAGGUAG